UUUAAUUAGCCAAAUUUGAGGACGUGCUGAGCCCCCGCACCCCCUUCUCCCCUCUGGCCUCAUGAAGCCUCUGCUUAAAGAAGGCUCCAUGUCUGUCUUUAGCAUCUCAGGGUGCCACUCCCGGGAGAGCCAGGCAGCCAUGGUGGGUCAGGAGGAGACGUCUCAGGACGAGACCUGUGAAAUGAAGAUGAUUGAUGACAGGGAGGCCUGCAGUGAGCUCAGCCUGCUCUCCACACAGAAAUGCCUUCAGGGAGAACAACUGAACAGCCAGAGAAGCAAAUGGGAGGCAGAGAAGAAUGAAGGCAAAGAAGAAAAUUAGAACAAACCCAUAGAAUGGUAGAGCCGAAGCUGAGCCCUCCCAUUCUUUUCCACCUGCUGAACAAGGUCCCCAAAAUGCCCUCAGAUGCUACCUCCUCUGUGACACCCUCCGUGACUCCUGGAGGCCAAGUUAUCUACUGCUCUGCUAAGAUCCCAUUGCACUUGUUAGUACCUCUGUCACCUUUAACUAUGAGUGGUGAGGUUACUCCCAGGUUUGUCUCCCUCACUAGCACUGUGAACCCCUCAAAGGCAGGUGUAUAUCCUGUCUCUCCACGUGUUCUUUAUGUCUGUCACAGCACUGGGAAAAUUAAGAAACUCAAAACAUACUUGCUGAGAAAAGGAGGUCCAGAAAGGCAAGGAGACUUGUCCCAGGUCAACAGAGAGAAGCUCACAACAAGGCUACACAGAGGAGAUAGGUAGGCCCUCCCCGUGUCCUCUCCCUCCCCCUUUCCAAUCCUACCACUAUGUGCCCAGGGCCCCCACUCCAAGCCUGUCGGCCUGCGGCGCAUCUUCCCAGGACCCCGUGACCCUCGGCCCUCCCUCCUCACUCCAUAUCUGGCAUCAGGCCUGGAAUGGAAUGGCCCUGGGCUACUGUGAGCUGAUUGGAUGGAUGACACCAUGUCCAUCUCAGCACCACUAUCCACAAGGUGGAUCAGGAGUCUUUGUGGGGAGAUGACCUUGGAGGGUGAGUUAAAGAGAGGGCAACAGAAGAGGACACAGUAAGAGUGAGCUCCCGGGAGCCCACCUCCAGCCCCCACCGGCACUGCCCAUCAGUUCUUCAGAGCAAGAGCAAAGGCAAAGAGGAAAUAAGCAUCAGUGUCCAUGCCGAGGCCUUGUGACAUCUCCACUCAGCCUAAAGACCACCACUGCAUGUUCCAAUCACCUCGUGCUUAUAGAUAUAUAAAUAAAUUUUUAAUCAUUAACUUCUAUAUUACAAAUGCUAAAUCAAUAGAUUUUGUAUAUUCAUUAGUAUUAUCUAUGUAAACACUCAAGUUACCCGCAGGUAGAGAAAUAUUUAUUUUUUCCAUUCCAAAUUAUUAUGCUUUUAUUCCUUUUUCUUGCUUUAUUCUAAUGCCUGGGACCUUCAGAAUAGAAGUGAUAGGGGAGUACAUUCUUGCUAUGUUCAUAAAGUUAUGAAAACAGCAUUCAGUCUUUCAUUAUGCACUACAGAAUUUAGUUGUAAAAUUAAAAUAAAA